GAAAUUUGCAUCUUAAUGUGUGAAAUGAAUAGUGUUUCAAUGGACAGUAUACAGUUAGGAUGUAGCGCAUCAGUUUAUGGAGGGGAAUCACAUAUUGGAACUAAUUAUGACAUUCCAAAACGAAGCUCCGUUGAUUCCAUUUUUGAAAGUUCCCAGUCUUCUAUCGCAUCACAAUUAUCAUCAUUGUCAACAAAGAACCAUCAGCAGCGACGAAUAAUUGUCGAAAAUUGGAAGAUUGUUCCUGUCCUUGGUUUAAGUGAAGUGAGAAUCGUUGGUGUUCGAUGUAGUGACAAACAAGUAAAGAAAAGCUCUUUCAUCAAAUUAAGGAUGCAUUCUCGCUGCUUGCUAACCAACAGUGGAUCGUUGUAUAAUUUGGUUGGACCAAUGCAGAAGUCACCAGACAUUCCAGAUAAUGUUUACAAAGCAAUGAUAAACGGAUUUCCUGAAAACUGGAGAAGUGUUGUGAGGUCGUACCUUCAUCAAUUAAAUCAAAACCAAAGUGAUGAAUCUUCAUCUGAGAAUGAAGUGGUUCACAUUGCAAAUAACAGCCUAAACAUCACACCACGAGUCAGGGUUGUCAUGGAGACUCCAUUGAGCAAAAAACGUCAGCCAGAUUUUUUGGUCACACCAACUCCAUGUAAAAAACCAAGAUCAAUUGCCGUAAAGAAGACACAGGAUUUAAUCAUGCCUCUAUCUUCUGUUCCGCAAGAUAUACUCGAAACUCCCGCUAAUAAAAAGAAAAAACAAACUAGAAAACGCCAAGCAGCUCAACGAAAACCUGCCAAAAGAUGUAAACUGAAUAAAUCAGUUUUGCCAAGCUGUCAUGCAGAUCUCUGCAGUGAAUCUCCAAGUGGUUUGUUUCGAACACGCAGUGGACGUCAUGUUUUUCCACCCUUACAAUCAUGGACAGGCCAGCGAUUGUCCACUGAGUGCAAUGAAGAUGGGGUUGAAGUUGUGAAGUUUCACCCAGGUAAUGAAUCGAUACUUGCGCCAGAUGUUCACUCACCCGUCACUGAUGCUUUGAGGAAAACGGACAUUAUCCAUCGUCAGUUUAUCUUUAAUCAGAUGUGUGAUAAAAAAGAUUCGCUGCCACAGCAGAAAACUGGAAACCACUGUGUAAAGAAAAUAUUGGACACUCCUGUAGCGAAGAAGAAGCCUGUACAGAAAAUCAAGAACAUUUCUCCAUUGAAUACAGUUGAAAAAAUAAGAAAAAUAAGGCAAAAGAAGUGCAAGAUUUUAGUUUCGCCUUUAAAAUUAAGUGAAAAUGAACAAGUACUCACUAAACCCGGAUAUUCACUUCGUAUACAACAAAAAAGUAUGAAUAACCCUGUCACAAAGGAAUCACUAAAGUUACCGAGUGAAAAUGAAGAGCUACUUACCAAACCUGGUUAUUCACUUCGUAAACGGGAAGAAAAGAUUAAAAAGCCUGUCAAAAAGAAACCUUUAAAGUUGCAGCAUAAAAAUUCAGAGCCGUCAAAUGAGGUUGUUGGUACCAGAAAGUCUAAACGAGCUAAAAAUUCCAAAGUUGAAAAGAAGUGCUCACCAAAGAAGAGGAAAGCAAGAACUGUCAAACCUAAAAAAAAUAAUGUAGCUGUUUGCAAAAAGAAGAAAGAACCAGGUACUAAAAAGGAGAAAAGCAAAAAUCAAGAUGUUGCUUUAAAAAACACUGGUUCUAAAAUUGAAACCCUUAAAAUAACAGCUCAACGGGGUACAUUAAAGCACCGAAAACAGGUUCAAGCAGUUGCCAAUGAAUUAAACUUCAACCAAAAAGGGCAGGAUUUUUUCGCAGACGAAGCAGUGGUCAAUGAAAUGUUCGGGGAAUCGAAUGGUUUUCUGGAUCAAUCCCUUGGAACUCCUGCCAAAAAUUUUCUUUAUAUUCCAGAAAAUGUGAAAACGCCUCUCUGGUUUAAAACUCCCCAGGCACAAAAAUAUUCCUCCGUCUUCCCAGACACUCCAGAUCACUUGAAAUCCUCUCUUCCACGCCCAGCCGAAUACCCGGAUGCUGACAGAAUGGUUUUGUGUAUGAAGAAAGCAUUAAAGCAUGGAAAGGGAAACGAAACCAAGAAACCAAAGCCAAGUAAGAACUUUAAUCUUGAUAAAGUUAACUUGAAAGAGCUUCUUCGUGGAGAACAGCAAGAGGAUGUGGAUUCCAGUGAGGAAGAGGACGUUUACUUUUCAGAUUAAUCAUGGUGCAGUAAAAAUCAAAAUAAUGUUGAUAUUUUUACCAACAUUAUUUUGAAACAUAUUGUAGACCUUUGUAAAAUAGUGUAAUAUUUCAUCAUUGGUUACAGUCGUACUAUAUUCUAUUCAACUAAACUUUACCACUAAGCAAAACUAGCUGCUUUACUAAAUGUUUGAAAUAGUCAUCAAUUGUACACUGCUUUUUAAACCGCUUAUUUCUAGUCUUUUACCACAUUUUACUAUUUUCUGUUGUAUUUUUUUUUAGAAUGUUGAACUAGUGUUUCCUCAUCGUUAUGUUAUUUUUAAAGAUGUUACCAAUGAUUUUAAGUUUAUCACCCCAAGAUUUUCAAUUAUAAAAUAACCUUGUUAAAGAAUUGGGAAACUGAAACCAAGCUACACAAAUAUGAAUUUGUUUGUUAUCCCUUUCAUAAAGUUAAGAAGACUUUCUUUUUUGAAUUUCUACUGUUUGAAAGCUAUGAAAACAACUCACUAAGCACACAAAAAUAAAAAAAAAUAGCUCAAUUAUGCACUGGGUGCAUACAGUCACUCCCAUUUCAACAAGUUUGAAAUCAAAUGAGUAACCGUCAGUACGUUUUUAUUGCAUAAUUUUAGCAUAACAUGUACUCUAGCAUAAA